CCAAACCAACGCUAGACGUCAGUAGAAUAAUUUCCAAGGAUUUUUCUGUUUUCCGGAAAAUAAAGCGAAACUACAGCUGAGUGCAGAGAGACUACAAACUGUCCUGCCUGUGGUUUACAGUCCAGUCAUCGGGUCUUUUCUGCAGACUGUCAGCGUGGAACAAAACGUUUUUCUGUCCAGGAUGUCUGGUGUUAAGAUGACAGAGGGGAGUGUGCAGGUGGAGAGCUGCAGGGCGCCGCUCUUCUACAGACAAAGUGAACCUGCCACGGGGGAAGCGAGGAUGUCAGUUUUACUCCUUCACGGCAUCCGUUUCUCGUCAGAAAACUGGCUCAACAUCGGCACUCUGGAGACCCUGGCCAAAGCCGGCUGCCGCGCCGUCGCCAUCGACCUGCCAGGACUUGGAAAGUCCAAGUCGGCUGAGGCCCCGGCACCGGUGGGAGAACUGGCCCCCGCAGGUUUCCUGAAGGAGGUGUGCGAGCACCUGAGCCUGAGCCCGGUGGUGGUGAUCAGCCCGUCCCUCAGUGGGAUGUACUCCCUCCCCUUCCUCCUCCAGCACCAGGCUCUGAUACGAGCCUACGUCCCCGUGGCUCCAAUCUGCACUGAGAAGUUCACGGUGGAGCAGUACCAGAGUGUCAAGGUCCCGUCGCUGAUCGUGUACGGCGACCAGGACGCUCAGCUCGGAGAGGUGUCGCUCCGCAACCUGAGCAAUCUGGCCAAUCACAGCGUGGUGGUGAUGAAGGGAGCAGGUCACCCCUGUUACCUGGACGACCCGGACACUUGGCACAAAGCUCUCACAGAUUUCAUUAACACACUGUGAAGCUCUUCACUGUGCAGAGGCGCAGACACAGCUGCACAUAAAUGAUUCAGAAGAGCCACGCAAAUAUACGCACUGUUCAUUUGGACCAAAAACAUCGUCCUGCAUGACCUGAUUUAGACUUUUAAUCGCAUGAAGCUGUAAAUCAAGUCUGUUUUAAUGAUUAGGAGCAGAUGAGACUCAGACGUUUAAAGGAAAAGUUCAAUAUUUUGGGAGGUCUGACACAUUAAACUGAGAUUUGCUGAAAAUGUUGAACUUUUCCUUUAAUACUGCACCAUUGUGCAAUACAACUGAUUCAGUCUUUUAUAAAUGUUAUAUUUUUGAUUCAACCGAGCAAAUACUGGCUGAAAAACCAAACACCACACGCUGAAAUGAAGUGAAAAAUAUGAACAUUAUUUAAUAACUGAUUCUCUGUAAUAAACAAUUUGAAAAUA